UGGGCUGGUUUUAGAGGUUUUAGUGUAGUAGUAGUAUGUAGUGUACUCGUACUUUGCUCUGUCUCUGUUCUCGCCAUACUCGCCUACUCGGUACUGUUCUGUUUCGUUUCGUUUCGUUUCGUUUCGUUUCGUUAGUUAGUUUUUUACUUUUCAGUUUUUAGUUAGUAAGUGAUCAUAUCGCGGUGUCGUAUUGUACUGUGUUGCGCUGCGCUGCGCUGUGCUGUGCUGUGCUACGAUUGCGAGUCGAGUAGUUUGUUGUAAUAUUAUAUGUACUUUUACAUUACAAGUUAUCUUUCUUUAUUUCUAACCCGACCGUUUUCUCAUUUUUUUCUAUCUCUCUGUUUCGCUAUUUAGUUGCUAUACCUACCUACUACUCGAAACUCGGAAACUCGAUGCUCACUGCUCACUGCUCAGUGGUUUGAGUGGUUGAUACCGCGAUUGUACGACGCGACGUACGGAGCGCGUAAAGUGAAUUAGUAUAUUUUGUGUAAUAUCAGUCAGUAAUACCGUUACGGCGUUACCGUAUACCACCUCGUACCUCGUAGAUUCGAUACUGUAUGUGUAUAGUGUAUUGUAUAACAACGACGAUGUAGUGUCUAGUGUAGUACGAGUACCAGUACCAGCACCAGCACCAGCGAUCGAGCGUCGAGUUAUCGUGAAAUUAUUGUGGACUUGUGGUAUGCACUAUGCAGUGCACUGUGUUGUGAUGUGUGCUAGUGCUUGUUUACUUGCGAGGUUGUAGUCGUCAUCAGUGGCUCGGCGUCGUCAUCGCGUUCGCGUUCGCAUCCGCAUCGGGCGAUCGGGCAUACAAUUACAUAGCUGGUAGUGGUUACUCUUUGAGUGAGACUGGUUGAUGGACUCGUACUCGUACUCGUAUUAUUGUAGCGAGCGACGUUGAAACGUGCAUUUUAUUCCGCUUACUGUGUCUCUGGCGGCAGCUGCAGUAGCUGGUGGUCACGUUAUCAUAAGGAUCAAGGAUCGUUCGUUUACGUGCUAGCUGUAGCUGUAGCCGGUGAUGGAAUGCGACGCGACGUCGACAUCGGAUCGGCGCUGGUCAGUGCAAUGUAGGUGGUCAUGUACUGUACCUGUUCCUGUACCUACACCUACACCUACACCUACUGGGCAUCGGCUUCGGCGGCGUGGCGUGUUGUGUUGAAUUGAAACUGAAACGAGAAGUCGAGAAACGAAACACGAAGAAAGUAGCAGCAGCAGCAGGGGAAAAACGAUAACGCCGAAGCGAUAGCGAACGUACGAUUGCCGACUGACUGACUGACUGACUGAGGUGAUAAACAACGGCAAGUUGGCAACGGCUCGGCUCGGCUAGGCUGUAGACGCUUGACGCUUGGCGCUUGGCGCUUGGCGCUUGGAACGGUGUUAGGUUGUGCCGCUGGGCGCAGUAAGCGUUUUUUUUUUCAUUUGCUACAAAUCUCGAGCGUCAUCAUCAUGUCGAAAUUCGAUUCGAUUUCGAGCGGCAGCCGUCGUCCGCGAGGACGGCCUCGCAAAAACGACGGACCGGAGUCUUCUUCUUCCAACGAUGAAAAGCUCAUUAGUCGCAAAGAAAGCUCGAAAGCGUCUUCGUCGCGAGACGAAAGAUUUAAUAGACACGCGCGAGCUCGUAAAGAAAGAAAAUUGUACUCGGAUGAAUGGGCUUUGGGUGAUGAUGACGAUAUGGACGGCGGCAACAUCAGCGUAUUCAGCAUUACGGAUAAGGUCGAAGCGCCCCGAUUUUCCCAAAACUUUGUCAAAGAAAUGAACGGAGCAGACUUCAAUCUGGCUUACCUGCAAAGAUACGGUUUCAACACUCCGAUUCUGUUCAAAGAGAAAACCGGUUUAGGGUUGCAGGUUCCUAGUUCAACUUUUACUAUAAACGAUGUGCGAACCUGCGUAGGCUCUCGUCGUGUUCUCGAUGUUAUGGAUGUAGCUACUCAGAAAAAUUUCGAAAUGACGAUGAAAGAAUGGCAAAAAUAUUACGACGAUCCGCAUAAAGAUAAAUUACUGAACGUUAUUUCUUUGGAAUUUAGUCACACUCGGUUGGAGAAUUAUAUCAGAAGACCGUACAUUGUAAGAUUGAUCGAUUGGGUGGACUGCGUUUGGCCGCGCCAUCUGAAAGAUGCUCAGAAAGAAUCGACGAAUGCUCUCGACGAAAUGAUGUAUCCGAAAGUUCAGAAAUAUUGUUUAAUGUCUGUCAAAGGGUGUUACACGGAUUUCCAUAUAGAUUUUGGCGGCACCUCGGUGUGGUAUCACAUUUUAAAGGGAGGAAAGGUUUUCUGGCUCAUCCCUCCGACUGAACAUAAUAUUCAGCUGUACGAACAGUGGGUGCUGUCUGGAAAGCAAGGCGACAUAUUCUUCGGCGAUACGGUGGAAAAAUGCGGUCGAGUCAUUUUGACCGAAGGCAAUACUUUUUUCAUUCCUACAGGAUGGAUACACGCCGUCUAUACGUUGAAAGACUCGCUAGUUUUUGGCGGCAAUUUUUUACACUCGUUCGGAAUCGAAAAACAGUUGCGCAUCGCUCAAGUCGAAGAUGCCACCAAAGUUCCGCAUAAGUUUCGUUACCCUUAUUUUACCGAAAUGUUGUGGUACGUUUUGGAGAGAUACGUUUACUGUUUGUUGGGCAAAUCCCAUUUGAAAGAAAGAAACGGAACGAUUUACGAUAAUCGAGAAAAUGUCAAACCGAACGAGCACGUUCAUUUGACGCCUCAGGAACUGCACGGGUUGAAGGCGAUAAUUAAAUACGUUUACACGUUGCCGUCUAACAAGAAGAACGUUCCGGAACUGAUUAGCGAUCCCAUACUUUUAAUCAAGGAUGUUCGUACUUUAAUCGAAUUGCAUUGCCACGAUAGUCCCGAUCAAUCGGUUACCGGCCGUCCCGUUCUACCGCCGCAGGUGCGUUUUCUAAUGGUCUCGCCAUUUUUCUUUACCUCUUUACUUACCCACGUUACGUAUCUCUAUCUGUUGCGUUUGUAUUCGCAGGAAAAACCGAGGAAAUCGCACAAAAGCGAGGAAGACGAAUCGAAAGUGAAAUCAGUUAAACACACUCAUCAUUCUAAAGCAAAUCUCAACUUUCCUCGACGACGGCGGACACGAUGCAAGAACUGCCAGGCUUGUAAGCAGGCCGAUUGCGGCGAGUGCGCUUUUUGUCACGAUAUGGUCAAAUUUGGCGGCCCUGGAAAAGCUAAGCAAACCUGCGUUAUGCGACAAUGUCUGCAACCCAUGUUACCGGUAACCGCUGCUUGUAUUAUCUGUUCGCUGGACGGAUGGGGCCAGCAAAUUGUCGUGCCGAUCCAAAAAUCCAGCAAAUUAACGCCCAGCAGUCUGAUGGAAUGCAGCGUAUGCUACGAAAUCCUGCAUCCGGAUUGUAUUGCCAAAAUGAUUCCAGAUAUCGAAGGAGUUGUUAACGAAGAUUUGCCCAACAGUUGGGAAUGUCCGAAAUGUUGCAAGACAGGAAAAAACUUGGAAUACAAGCCGAGGCAUUUCAGAGCUAGACACAAGUCGUCCGAUUUGAGACGUAUGUCGGAGGAUUCAGACUAUUCCGAUUCCGAGGGUAACGAUACCAAAGGGCCUUCGUUGUCAUCGUCCGUUCCUAGUUACAGUCAGACUAAGAAACGUAAAACCGAUUCGAGCGAACAAGCGAAAAAUAAUAUUUUGAACGCGCGCCUUAACGAAGAUAACGUCAACAGAUGCGACGAAGGUGGUUCCAUCACCGCGGCAACUUGUUCAGCGGCGGCGACGACGACGACGACGACCACCACCACGACCACCACCACCACCGCCACCACCACGCCAUCGCCGCCAUCACGCGCUUCGGCAUCAUUGUCAUCGUCAACGUCAUCAUCAUCGGUAGCGGCGGCGGCUUCUACGGCGGUAGCGACUUGUACGGUUUCUUCGCCGUCCGCCACAAUCGCAACGUCAACCUCUGCAGCAGCAACAACAACAGCAGCAUCGGCCACGACUACGACGACGGCGACGACGACGAUGCCGGCGACUGCGGAACCUCCUCGUAAAUUGGCUCUACGAACGCAGUUGGCCAACCAGUUGACCGGCAAUUCGAUGAAAUCGCUGAAACGUCCUCUGUAUCCGGUUCGGCCGGCUCCGGUUGCGAAUAAAAUGACGAGCGCCGAGUGCAGCGCGUUGCCGUCGUACAUGACGCAAUCGGCGCUGCUGUUGGUGUUCAAAUGGUUGACGCCGAACGAGUUGGCCAAAUGCGCGCUCGUCUGCAAAGCCUGGUCCUCGGUCAGCGUCGACUCGUCGCUGUGGAAGCGCAUGGACGUGACCAGCAAACGUUUGACGGCGUCUUGUCUGGCCGGCGUCGCCAGACGACAGCCCGAAAGCCUGGUCAUGGAUUGGACGGCGAUCGCGAAACGCCAGCUCGAGUGGCUGAUCGCGCGACUUCCGCAACUCAAAGAACUCUCGCUGCAGGGCUGCUCGUGGACCGGCGUCGCCGCGCUCCGCACCUGCAACUGUCCGCCGCUCACGUCGCUCGACCUGAGCUUCGUUACCGGCAUGAACGACGCGUCGCUGCGCGACAUACUGUCGCCGCCCAAAGACACCAGGCCCGGUCUCAUCGACACCAAGUCGCGUCUGCGCCACCUGCGUACCUUGAAGCUGGCCGGCUGCGAAAUAUCGGACGUCUCUUUGCGCUACAUCGUGCAGAACACUCCGCAGCUGUCCGCUCUCGAUUUGUCGCAGUGUAUUCGUCUGACCGACGCCGGCGUCGCGCAACUCACCGCCGCGCCCGCCACCACCUUGACCACGUUGACGUGGCUCGAUUUGUCCGGCUGCUCGGCCGUUACGGACGCGUCUCUCGACCAUCUCUCCAAGUGUACCGCCAUCAAGCAUCUGGAUCUGCGACACACCACCCAGGUUACCACCAACGCCGUCAAUAAAUUCCUAACCAACAACGAGCGCUUGCACAUGGUCGAGGAUCGAUUGUUGGUCGCUAAAACGUCGUCGUAGCCGUAGCCGUAGCCGUAGCCGUGCCAACACUUUUUCAAUGGUUAGGCGCGCUUCCGCUUCCCUUUGUGUCCGUUGUUCUUCUACAUCUACAUCUACAUCUACAUCUACAUCUACACUAUACGCGACUCUACUAGCCAUUCGAUACUACGUAUUGUCGUCGCAUUACCUCCCCUCUCCCUUCCCUCCUCGCCUUAUUGAGAGAUGAUUUUUGCUAGUCGUCGUACGCGGUGCUCUUUUACCUGUAAACUUAUCGAUGAAGGAUGCGGCCGCCGUGCGGCUGUGGCCGUGAAUUUGGCCGGGAAGCCGAAUCCAGCCAUUAUGAAAAUUACCGAUCUACCAGCGCGUUUUAUACGGUCCAGCGUUUCCUUUCACGAUAAGUACACACGAGCACGACGUACGUUUGUUUUAUUAUUUAUUUAUGUAUUACCUACCUACCUACCUACCUACCUACGUUGAAUAUGUAUGUAAAUAUAUUCGGUAUCUACUUUUUAAACUGUAAAUUAUGAAUUUUAAAGUUUUAAAAAAACAAAAUACCAAAAAAAAAAAAACACAACCGAAUACCGUGUAAAUUGACGCCUGCGCUGCCUCGUGUUGGCGGAUUUUUAUUUAAAUUUUUACGAACCCGUUUCUUACUUUUAAUACAUUUCGUUUCGUUGCGCUCCGGUAACGUUUCUCUUUUUCUUUUUUUUUUUACGUGUACCUAUUUUAGAUUUUGUCAUUACGUUUUUAUAUAAAAAGAAAAAAAGAAAAAAAAUCGACUCGAAUUGCGCGCUGCUGUCCGCGCAAUUGUCCGAGUGAGAAGGCGAAAGCCAUUCUAUCACGUGUAAUUCUAUUUUUCGUGCGUUCGUUUUUUACUCUUUCAUUUCUCUUUGUAUUGUACCUAUGUGUUUUUUUCUUAAAAUUCAUUCGUGCAUAAUGAAGUAAAAUGCUGUGUUCGUUUUUUGUA